AGCACACGAGCAAAUUUGACCCUACUUUUUGGUUCCUCCUUACCCAAAUGAUCAAAUCAAACAAUUGAAAAAGGAAAAGAAGAAGAAGAAGAAAAACCUCCAUUGCUGUUGUUUGUUGGUGUUCUUCUACUUGUACCACUCCUUUUGUUAUUUAUAUUUAAAAUUCUGAAAAUUGAACCAACCCCCGGUUUUGGUCUUUAAUGCAUGCUGAACUCCGAAGACAGCCCAACUCCUUACUCCCCAUCUUCCCCCAUUCUCACAUGACAACAUCUCCCAAACAUUAAAAAUAAAACCAAAAAUUUUCAAUUGUUUGUAGUAGUAACACCAUUAAGUAAUCCUUUUUGCCAGCAUCCAAUAAAUCCAUCUCUGCCCCCCCAAAAAUAUUCAUUAUUAUUAUUAUUAUUAUUAUUAUUAUUAUUAUUCCUCAUUCAAAAAAAAAAACGUCUGUCCAAACUUUGGUUUGAUGGGCAGCAAGAAGAAGAAGGCAAUGAAGCUUCCAUUCCCUUUCAAAUCCAAAGACCAAUGGGUUUCUUCUGCGUGGCCCUGGCCGGCCUGCGGCACCCCGAAAACCGUUUCUUUCCGAGCCGCCAACAUCGACGAUGACAUUUUCAAGACCAUGAAUUCCGCUUUUGUCGACGGAGGAGCCGUGGAUUUGGUGGGUGAAUCUGAGCGGUUUUCAUCUCUGCCUGAAGUGAUUGAAGAGGAUGAAUCGGAGGAGGUGGAGACAGUUAUUAAAGGUGUGAGGUCGGAGAGGCUGUUCUUUGAGCCCGGAGAAACAAGCUCCAUUCUGGAGGAGGCCAAGUUGGAUGAUGAUUUCCCGUUCAAGGAAAGCCUGGUUAUGGCGGUGGAUUCAAGGGAUCCGUUUGCGGAUUUCAGGGCAUCCAUGGAAGAGAUGGUGGAGGCUCAUGGGUUGAAGGAUUGGGAAUGUUUGGAAGAUCUUUUGAGCUGUUACCUCAGGGUCAAUGGGAAAAGCAACCAUGGAUACAUUGUUGGAGCUUUUGUUGACCUUUUGGUUAGUCUUGCUAAUGCUGAUUAUUAUUCCCCUGAAAUUACUUCUUCUUCUUCUUCUUCUGACAUUAAUGUUGAAGAUCGCCAUCAAUUUCCUAAUUGCUCUGUUUGCUCUGCCACCCAUUCCUUCACUUCUCCGCUCUCUUUUUGCUCCACCGCCACCACCAACACCGCCGACAGCCCUUCUGUCUCUUUAGUGGAAGUUGAUGAUGAGAUGGAAAAAAGCAGUUCUGCUACCUUGGAUAAUGCUUCAUCUUCAUCAUCUAACAACAUUCAAUUAGCUUCUGUCUCUUCUUAGGAUGGGUGAUUUGAUCUUAUUCGUUGUAAUAUAAAUUAACAUUAGCUUCUAGAAAAAAAUUAACAACAAAUUUUGGUCUGUUGAUAAAAUGUAUGGAUGUUUUAAUUACCAUGUUGUUAAUGAACCGGGUUUGAAACUGUCCUUUUCCAUCUAUGUUCC